ACCCCACAAACCCUCGUUGAAUCAUCAAGCCAGACCCCAGUCCUGACUGUUGCUCAAUCCCCAGGAGCCAGUUCCUGUGGGCAGCGCCUGACAAGCCUGACUUUUUCCUUUCUUCAGUUCAAGGGAAAGACGAGGUCUUGCACGAGACACGCUGUGUCUGCCUUCCACAGGGAAGGGUGACAUGGAGCUUCUCCGGCUGUUCAUCCUGCUCUCCUUCACAGAGCUGUCUCGAGCCCACAAUACCACAGCGUUCCAGGUCCAGGCAGGCCAGUCCCUGCGGGUCUCCUGCCCCUAUGAUUCCUUGAAGCACUGGGGAAGACGCAAAGCCUGGUGCCGCCAGCUGCGUGAAGAGGGCCCGUGCCAGCGGGUGGUCAGCACCCACAGCGCGUGGCUGCUGUCCUUCCUGAAGAAGCAGAAUGGGAGCACGACCAUCGUAGACGAUGCCCUGGGGGGCACACUCACCAUCACGCUGCGGAAUCUUCAAGUCCACGAUGCUGGGCUCUACCAGUGUCAGAGCCUCCACGGUAGCGAGGCUGACACCCUCAGGAAGGUCCUAGUCCAGGUGCUGGCUGACCCCCCUGAUCUCCAGGACCCUGAUGAUGUCAGGAUCCCCGAGGGGUCCCGGAGCUUUGAGGACAUCCAGGUGGAGCACAGCAUCUCCAGGAGCAUCUCGGAAGAGGAGAUCUCUUUUCCACCCACUUCCAUCCUUUUCCUCCUGGCCUGCAUCUUUCUCAGCAAGCUGCUGGCAGCCAGUGCCCUCUGGACGGCGGCCUGGCAUGGGCAGAAACGGCGGACACCCUUGGCCAGUGGGCCGGACUGUGGCCCUGACCCAGGUUACCAGCUCCAAACCCUGACAGGUCUGAGAGACACCUGAGAAGAGAGGACUGUACAUGGAGGACAGGCCCUGGAGAGGUCUGCAGGGACCACCCCAGCCUGCACACUGGCUCCUCGGCCACCAAGACUCCUGGUUCUGCUUUGGCAAAAGGCCACUCUGCCUGUAUGCUGCUUCCCUUGGCCCUCAGAAGCAAGGAUGUGUGUGUGUGUGUGUGUGUGUGUG